CUAUAAAUUCAUCUAAAAAACAAGACCCACAUUUUAUCUACUAAUUAUUUUGUUUUUACAAUAAUUAACCUGAAAAAUCCCUGGAACAAGAAAAAUGGCAAACCAAGGUCAUCCCGGCAACACUUACAACGCUGAACAAGAUACGAAUCAGGCGCAGAUGCGGAGGCGGGAUCUCGUUGACCAACCAUCCGACAUCCAUAGCCAAGGCCAAGCCACCAAAUUGCUUCAAGAGAGUGGUGCACAAGCUAAGGACGCGGCGCAUACCGCCGUCAACAUGGCCAAGGGAGCAGCGGUAGGGGCCGCUAACAUGGCGCAGGGGGCGGCGGAGGUGGUUAAGAAUACUCUAGGGAUGAACACCAACACCACCGGUGGCUCAGCAGGCCUAAGAAACAACAGCCACCCUAGUACCAAGAUGUAAAUUCACUUCCGAUCCGUUGAUUCAUAUUAUACUCGUUUUCAUGCAAAUUCGAUUUUUUAGUUUAUUUCUAGUA